CUCUCAACCUGAAAGGCUAUACCGUCAGAGUGAUACCCAUCCGUCGUACCAGAGGUCGGCCAUCACACCUUCCACUUGCACGUCGCACCCUCGUGGCCACACCUUCUCACCAUGGCUCUCGAACGGUGGACAAUGCGCCCAGGUGUCAUACCCCCGCUUCGGCGCGUCUUUCACUUGGUGGCUACCCUUGCCUUCCUCGUCCUCCUGCUUCUGCCGUCUUCGGUAUUGGCUGCCAAAGCUCCCGAUGUGAAGCUAUCAAGAUUCGAGAGUCUGCCAGCUCGGCUCUCUUACUUCGAUGAUAGCUCCGUCGUCCUCUAUCAUGAUUCGAUGAGGGGCAACGUAUAUCGCUCCCCUGACGAGGGGAAGACGUGGCAGCAAGUGUCCAGCAUACCCAAUGGGCAAGCAUAUAUGCUCAUGGAGCACCCCUACGAUAAGCGUAUGGCAUUCAUCCUCUCGUCUGGCAAGACGCACUGGCGGUCAGCAGAUCGUGGUACCACUUGGCAGCAGUUCAAGACUCCAGAGCCACCGGCUGUGAGGGUAGGAGCGCCCCUUGAGUUCAAUGCCGAUGAGAAGCAUUGGAAUUCGAUCAUAUUUACCGGCAAGAAGUGCAAAGGUUGGUCGCCAUGGGGAGGUAUGAUCUGCCACGACGAAGCCUACCACACCACGGACGGAUUUGCAACAGAUCCAAAGCCCCUAGUCGAAUAUCUUGUCCACUGCAACUGGGCAAAAUCCUCGGCCGAGCUUGUAGUCAAGCAAGAGCAUCUCAACCGGAUAUUCUGCAUCGCUUGGGAAGACAGUCCUUCCGGGGGUAGCACUUCGCCGCUACUCCUCGAUCCAAGACAUAUCUUACAGAGUCGUCAGGCAGGUUCUGGGCAUGAGAUCACACCCAGGGCGAGCGGUGCCACGCGCCUCUUCUACAGCGACGACUUCUUCGCCACUAAGCAUCUCGUAGAGCUGGACAUGGGCCGGGAUGCCAAAAACUUUGUAGGACUUGGUCCCUCCAAACGGUAUCUGGUAACUGCCCUGAGGGACAUCCAGAGCUCGACGGGAGGCAAUGCAGGCACGGAGAUGGCGAUGUUCGUCUCUACUGAUGGAGACAAGUGGCGCAAGGCCAACUUCCCUCAUGGACAUGGCCUGAGAGAGAAUGCCUACACAGUCGUGGACUCCACCCUACACUCACUGGUAGUGGACGUCCUUGAUGCUGCUGGCACUUCCACAGGCACUCUCUUCACAAGUGAUUCGGAAGGCAUUCAUUUCGUGAAGAGUCUAGAGGCCACCAGUCGGAAUGCCCAGGGCAUUAUUGACUUUGAACACCUCGAGAAUAUCGAAGGGGUGGGGCUCGCCAAUGUCAUCACAGGUCUCGCAGGUGGUACAAGCGAAAGACUCACUCGAAGCAUGAUCACAUGGGAUGAUGGUAGUAGAUGGAAUUACAUCAAGGCGCCCAAGGCUACUGGUGUAAAAUGCGACGUCAACGAUGUACAACGCUGCUCUUUGAACCUCUAUUCGGUCACAAAGCUUCACAACAUCGGCAGAGUCUUCUCUUCCACUGCUCCUGGCUUUGUGAUGGGUGUGGGAUCGAUCGGUGAUCGCCUCAUGCCGUACGAAGAGUGCGAUACCUUCCUCAGUACUGAUGCCGGUCGUACUUGGACGAUGGUCUCUCAGGACGCCCACAAGUACGAGUUUGGAGAUCAAGGCAGUAUUCUGGUCAUUGUCGAUGACGAGGACUUGACAGACCACGUCAGCUACUCCUUUAACCAGGGCAAGACGUGGGAGAAGCUCGCUCUCGGCGUCAAGAUGAGGGCCAAGAUCCUCACUACAAUCCCUGAUAGCACGUCUCAAAAGUUCCUCCUCAUCGGUACUCAGAGUCGGGCCGAUGCUGGAACGCAGCCUCGCCAAGUUGUCGCCUUUCUAGACUUUGCUACAGUGGGCAAGCGGAAGUGUGGAGAGAAGGACUUGGAGAAAUGGUACGCUGAGAGCGAUGGUACUGCUGGACCAAAGUGUCUGAUGGGCCACAGGCAAUGGUUUGCACGACGCAAAGCCGAUGCCGAUUGCGUAGUCGCCGACAAGUUCCACGAUCCGGUGGGCAAGGAAGAGGCGUGCCCAUGCACCGAUGACGAUUACGAGUGCGACUUUGGCUACGCCCGAAGCGACAAUGGCGCAUGCCUGGCCUUGGGACGGGAGACUAUUCCAGCUGGAGAAUGCGAUACAUCCCGCAAGACUACCUACUUGGGCUUGUCUGGGUACCGCAAGAUUCCUGGCAAUACCUGUGACCCUUCAAAGGGUGUGAGAAAGGAUGCUAAGAUCAGCAAACCUUGCACGCAAGGAGCUCCCCAAUCGGGCACCAUCGCUGUACAGCGACACGACUUUCCAGGACUCAUUGUCGACCACGUAUGGAUCCCUGGGUCAAGCGUUGUCCUCGCUCAAAUUGAUGAUGGCUCGAUCUGGAGGUCGACAGACGACGGAGCUUCUUGGACCGAGAUGCAUGCUGCCCCUGCAUCUAGCGAUGCAAAUCUCCGUUUCCUCGCCAUGGCUUUGCAUGAGUACGAUCAGGAGAGGGCAUAUCUGAUCACUGCGGGGCUGCGAGUGUGGUACACGUACAAUGGCGGCAAGAAUUGGGACUCGUUCAUUCCCCCGCUGCCGGCGAACGGAUUGGGCAUUCCCAUCUUGCGCUUCCACCCCCUCAAGAGUGACUGGCUCAUUUGGGUGGGUAGUCGAGACUGUACCACAUCUACGGGCAGCGCAUGUCGAAGCGAGGCAUGGUAUUCUACCGAUCAUGGCAGGAAUUGGAAUCUCAUCGAUUCUUACAUCAAGUUCUGUGACUGGGCAAGGGCCAAGCAGUUCUCAGUCGACUCCUUAGCCAUCAUGUGCGGAUCCUACAAGGACAAGGUUGGCUCUCAGCUGGCCUUUGACUCGAAGAAUGAUCUUCAGCUUGUGUGGGGAUCGCCUUACUACAAGAACAAGCGAGUCCUGUUCCCUCAUGUCGCCGGUAUCGCUCUCUUUCAAGAGUUCCUCGUGGUGGCUGAGCUGCUACGCGCGACUGGCACCUUGUCGAUGCAGGUAUCGCUCGAUGGGCAUACCUUCGCAGAGGCGCAGCUGCCACCCAACUUGCACGUCGACAAUCGUGCCUACACAGUCCUUGACUCUGUGACUCGGGCGCUUUUCCUCCAUGUCACCACUCGUUCUGCUCCUGGCUCCGAGCUUGGUAGCAUCGUCAAGAGCAACGGGAACGGAACGUUCUUCACCAUCUCGCAGGAGCAUGUCAAUCGCAAUGCGGCAGGCUACGUCGACUUCGAGAAGAUGCUGGGACUUGAUGGAAUCGCUGUGAUCAACGUGGUCGCCAAUGCAGAUGAUGCUGUGGUGUCUGGUCGCAAGGACCUGCAGACUCGCAUUACCCACAACGACGGUGGAAGGUGGAAGGAGCUCGUCCCGCCUCGCGUGGACACCUUUGGCGCUCCGUACGCUUGCAACACUGUGGGCUGCAGUCUCCACCUUCACGGCUUCACCGAACGUGACAAUGGACGUACAUCCCUCAGCAGCCCUUCUGCAGUAGGACUUAUGCUUGGCGUGGGCAAUGUGGGCAAGAAGCUGGCUCCCUACGCGGACAGUGACACUUUCUUGACAAGAGAUGGUGGCUUUACUUGGGAGGAAGUGCACAAAGACGCCCAUAAGUGGGAAUUCGGUGAUCAAGGCUCCAUCAUCAUUCUGGUCAAUGAUGAGGCGCCUACGGACACAGUGCUCUACUCUACGAACGAGGGCAAGAAGUGGGAGAGCUACAACUUUGGCGACAAAAUCCGUGUGCGAGACGUGGUCACUAUUCCAGAGGAUACACAUCGACGCUUCAUCCUCUUUGGUACCAGUGCACGAUCUCAAGCCAAGUCGACUGCCAUCCAUCUCGAUCUCUCGUCGCUAGCCCAGAGGAAGUGCGUUCUGGACCCGAGCCGACCUGAGCAGGACGAUUUUGAGCUCUGGAGCCCGAGCGAGGAGCGCGUAGAAGCGUGCCUGUUCGGCCGACAGACGUACUACUACCGCCGUAAGCGGGAUGCAGACUGCUAUGUGGGUGAGAAGAUCAUCCAGCCACAUCAAAUCGUCAAGAAUUGCACUUGUACCGAUGCGGACUUUGAAUGCGAGUUCAACCACUAUAGGGACCCUGCCACGAACCAAUGUGUACUGCAUCCUGGUCUCACGGCACUGGCUGCUGAUGAAAGGGAGCAGUGCACGGGCGACGAGGACUACUGGUACGACCGGACCAGCGUGCGCAAGAUCCCCUUCUCGUCUUGUCAAGGAGGAAAUCGCCCAGAUCGAGGCGCACGGCACGUCUGUUCGACGAGCCUCAAGAGGCACGGCUUCUUCUGGUGGACCACCAUUCUCCUCUCGCCCUUCCUCCUCGCCGGUGUGGUGGGCUACUGGUGGGUGACCAAGAGUCGCGGACGCUUCGGCGGGGCUAUCCGUCUUCCCGACGCCAGGGACUAUGCAGACUCGCCGUUGCUCCAGACUAUGGCGUCGGUACCGUGGUUCGUGGUGGGAGUGGCGGAACAGAGCUGGGCGUGGGUGCAGCGACAGGCGGAAGAUAUUCCCUUCCUUCGCGAUCGCUUCUUCAGGUCUAGGAGGCCGUAUGGUAGCUAUAGAGGUCUGGCGCAAGACGAUGACGCAGCUGUGAGUAUUGAGAGAUCCCAGUUACAGGCUUCAACAUUACCUUGCUGACCACACUAGAUAUCGUGCCUUGCCGCCCUUGCUCCUACAGAUCCUACGAGACUACGAUGACGAAGACUUUGAGAGCCGAUAGGUUGGGGGGGCAAGCAGCGGUCUGCCAUUGCCGGACUAUCGUGUCACCACAAUCUACCUCCCUUUCCCCUCUCUCUCUCUCUCUGUGUGCUUUCCCUAAUGAAUA